AUGGACCUGGGGUUUGAGGGUCCGAAGUUUACGUGGAGUAACCGACAAGGAUGUGAUACUAAUGUAAAAGUUUGCCUUGAUCGGGCUGUCGCAAAUGGUGGUUUUUCACACAUGUUUGAGGACUGCAUUGUGGAAAAUCUUAUUACUACCUCAUCUGACCAUUAUGCUAUUCUCAUCUCACUUUUGGGAAGCUCUAGAGUUACCAUGCAGCGACCUGUUCAGCAGGGGUUUCGUUUUGAAGCCAUGUGGCUACGAGCUCCGGACUACCGUGAGGUCCUUGAGAAGGCAUGGAAUGAUGGGGAUGAGGGUUCUAGGUCCCUGCAGAAUACGUGGUCGAACCUAAAUCGGGUGGCCAGGUCGUUAAGGGAUUGGAGCCGAGCCACGUUUGGAUCAGUUCGGAAGAAAAUUAGGCAGCUGGAAGGAAGACUCCGGGAUGUACGUGAGCAACAGCUGUCUGAAGAAAGUGUGAGGAAGGAGAAGGAGCUACAAGACGAGCUGUGUGAGCUGUUUGAACGAGAAGAAAUUAUGGCACAGCAGCGAUCUCGAGUUGAGUGGCUCCGAGAAGUGGAUGUAGUUCUAGAUGCUAUUCCCUCCAAAGUAUCAUCAGAGAUGAAUGAAGAUUUGUGCAAGCCAUACACUGAUGAGGAGAUUGGAGCUGCUCUUUUCCAAAUGGGGCCUACGAAGGCACCGGGGCCAGAUGACCACUACUCGCUGCGCCAGGACGCUCCCCAGGACCGCCUCGACAUCGCCUACAGUGUCGUGACGUCGCCAACACCUCUCAGCCACCCUAGCCAUGUCGACACCGUCGACCUGCUCCGCACCCUCGGCCACCUCGCGCAGCUAUAA